AGCACUAUGGCCAAUUCCAAGCGUAAGCUACCAACGAAAGCCAAUACUGCGGAAACCAAUACCACUUUGGAUAAAGAAACCACCAGCACAGCUGAAAAAACAAAGACAGAUGAGAUAUCCGGUUCAAAAAAGGACUGUAGACUGUUAAACGGCUUUUUCAGAGAUGGUCUUGGCCAUGAUUUGGACAACUUCAAGAGUGUAACCAACUUUACCAGGUGGCUGGAGAGACCCGUGGAUGGAGCUGCCUUGGGCGUCUUCCGGAUGCUUUAUGGAGCCGCCAUGUUGAUCGACAUUGCCGAGGAGCGUGGUGGCGGGCAGUUGGAUGUGAGAUUUGGGGAGCCUCUUCACUGCCACUUUCCGCUGAUCAAUGGAAUGCGGGCACUGGACUAUCCCUUGAUGGGUUGUGUCUACCUUUGCAUGUGGCUGGGGGCCUGGGGAAUCAUGCUGGGCUAUCGAUUUCGAGUCAGCUGCCUGGCCUUCCUGGUGCCCUACUGGUACAUCUUCCUGCUGGACAAGCCGACGUGGAAUAAUCAUAGCUACUUGUUUGGAUUGGUGGGUACACUGCUCUUGUUCACCCAGGCGGAGGCGUACUGCUCUUUGGACAACUGGCUGCAUCCCCGGCGGAGUCCCUGCAUACCCUACUGGAACUACUUCCUCAUCAAGUUCCAGUUCUUUGUGCUGUACAUGUACGCUGGUUUGAAGAAGUUCUCCCUGGAAUGGCUCUCCGGCUAUGCAAUGUCCAAUCUCAGUCAGCAUUGGGUCUUUGCUCCCUUCCGCCAAAUGCUCGAUCCCGAGCUGAUAGACCUAUUAAUUGUCCACUGGUUUACUGCUUUCUUUGACCUGUCUAUAGCAUUUUUUAUGACCCUGGAGAAGACUCGUCUCUUGGUGACACCGUUCAUGAUCAGUUUUCAUCUGAUGAACUCUAGAUUAUUUGUGAUUGGAAUGUUUCCAUGGGUUUGCCUGGCGGAAGUCCCGCUAUUUUUUAGCUUCGACUGGCCACGAAGACUUUGGACUUCAAAGAGCUCAACCCAAGUGGGAUCGUCUGGUCCAAAGCAGCCGGGAAUCCUGGCCAGGUUACGCACUUGCCUCAUUAUAGGCUAUUGUGCCUUGCAGCUCUUCCUACCCUAUUCCCACUUCAUCACUAAAGGCUACAAUAACUGGACCAAUGGGCUGUAUGGCUACUCCUGGGACAUGAUGGUACAUUCGUACGAUACUCUACAAACCUCCAUCCAGGUGGUGGACAAUGAGAGCCGGCAAGUACACAACCUCAACCCCUUUGCCUUCACGGAGUACGAUCGAUGGACCAAGUAUGCGGACAUGGCGGUGCAGUAUGCCAAGUGCAUAGAGGAAAACCUAAAGGUGGCUCAGCACCCGGCCAUCGGGAGCAACAUUUCCAUAUACUUUGACAUCUGGUGCUCCAUGAACGGCCGCUUCCAGCAGCGAUCGUUUGAUCCGCGCGUGGAUCUACUGAAGGCCAAGUGGUCACCCUUUGAGGCUACCUCCUGGUCACUGCCGCUGCUCACAGAACUGAAUCACAUGCGUCCCAAGCUGCGAAACAUUGAAACCGAAGUCCUGGCCUGGAAUAACUACUCGGAUGUGGUUUUCGUGGCCGAUUUUCCCGGCCUGACCCUGACCAACUUCAUCUCACCGGAUCUGAUAAACUGCACCCUGACCAUCCUCGAAGGCAAUGUGCGCUACAGCAACGAACAGGACCCGGAGGUAUAUUUCCUAACGGCAGGCAAGAGCAUAUGCCUUGAUAGCAACAUCACACACUUGGUGACCACCAUUGGUCAGAAGCCGGCGUCGUAUCUCUUCACCUACACAAACAAAACGAUGCUGGAGCAGGACAUGGAGUCUUUGGACGAAGGAGCAUCAACUGAUAGGGAGGAAAGACCCCUACUGCCAUUGUGGCAGGAGUUCCAGCAGCGGGUAAGCAAUUACCAACAGUUCCUGGGCCACAUAGGGAACUGUUUGCUGUAUCUGCUCUACGAUGUGCCCAUUCCGCUGGCAGUUCGGGAGAGAGAUUGAGAAUGAAGCUUGACUAUUGGGCCAGACUUGGGGCUUACCUAGCU